GUACUUCUUCUGAUGGUGUUGCAGAUGUGGAAGGCUACUGUAGGCCACGCCAUUUGCGUCAAUCAGGAUAACGGAGCCGACGACUGGGAGACGGAUCCUGAUUUUGUGAAUGAUGUGAGUGAGAAAGAGCAGCGCUGGGGAGCUAAAACUGUGAAAGGAUCCGGCCAUCAAGAGCACAUCAAUAUUCAUCAGCUGAGAGAGAACGUAUUCCAAGAACACCAGAACCUCAAAGAGAAGGAGCUUGAAACAGGACCAAAAGCUUCCCAUGGCUAUGGAGGGAAAUUUGGUGUUGAACAAGAUCGCAUGGAUAAAUCAGCUGUUGGCCAUGAAUAUCAAUCCAAGCUUUCCCAGCAUUGCUCUCAGGUGGAUGCUGUGAAAGGGUUUGGUGGGAAGUUUGGAGUACAAACCGAUAGAGUUGACCAGUCAGCUGUUGGAUUUGAAUAUCAGGGGAAAACUGAAAAGCAUGCCUCCCAAAAAGACUACUCAAGUGGUUUUGGUGGAAAAUACGGAGUACAGGCUGACAGGGUGGACAAGAGCGCGGUGGGGUUUGAUUACCAGGGUAAAACUGAGAAACACGAGUCGCAGAAGGAUUAUUCCAAGGGCUUUGGUGGUAAAUACGGUGUUGACAAGGACAAAGUGGACAAAAGUGCUGUUGGCUUUGAAUAUCAAGGCAAAACGGAAAAACAUGAAUCACAGAAAGAUUAUGUAAAGGGAUUUGGAGGCAAGUUUGGAGUGCAGACAGACAGACAAGACAAAUGUGCACUUGGCUGGGAUCACCAGGAGAAAGUGCAGCUGCAUGAAUCCCAGAAAGACUAUAAGAGUGGUUUCGGAGGGAAAUUUGGUGUACAGACAGAAAGGCAGGACCCAUCUGCUGUGGGGUUUGAUUACAAGGAGAAACUAGCCAAGCAUGAAUCUCAACAAGAUUAUUCGAAAGGAUUUGGUGGGAAGUAUGGUGUACAGAAAGAUCGGAUGGAUAAGAAUGCAGCAACUUUUGAAGAUAUUGAGAAACCAACAUCAACUUACCAGAAGACCAAGCCAAUAGAAGCUGUUGCUAAUAAAACAAAAAGCAUCCGAGCUAACUUUGAAAACCUAGCCAAGGAAAAGGAGCAGGAAGACCGAAGGAAGGCUGAAGCUGAGAGAGCACAAAGAAUGGCCCGGGAGAAACAAGAACAGGAGGAGGCUCGAAGGAAACUGGAGGAACAAGCUAAAGCCAAGAAACAAACUCCACCGUCAUCUCCUGCCGCGCAGCCGACUGAGCAGAAGGCACCCUCGAGCCCAGUCUAUGAGGAUGCUGUUUCCUACGAAGCAGAGUCUGCCUACAAGGGCUCCAGCACGCGCGAGCCAGAGUCCGGCUACAAAGCUGCAGAGUCAGACUACCAAGAAGCAGCGAGUCAGCGAGAGGCAGAAUAUGAACCAGAGACUGUCUAUGAAGUGGCAGGGGCAGGAGACCAUUACCAAGCAGAAGAAAAUACUUACGAUGAAUACGAAAAUGAACUUGGAAUUACAGCCAUAGCCCUUUAUGAUUACCAAGCUGCUGGUGACGACGAGAUCUCCUUCGACCCAGACGACAUCAUCACCAACAUAGAGAUGAUCGACGACGGCUGGUGGAGGGGUGUCUGCAAAGGCCGAUACGGGCUCUUCCCUGCAAACUACGUGGAGCUGAGACAAUAAAGACUAUUGUCUGCUGGUUAUGCCUUAAUUCCCCAGUCAAUAAAUCUGACUUAAUACACUACAAAAAAUCAUGAUGCUUUUCUGAGGAUGGAGGGGUAUAUACAUAUUGCUUUUAUAUUUAAUACUUCGCUGAUGCUUUUUAAAAUGUUUAUGCCACAGAAAUCGCUAAUAUAUUGUAACGACUACGUUCUUCACUAAGGCUCUUAAAAUGAUUUUCAUGCAUUUGGAAACGUUUCCUCUCUGCCAAAUUAGCAAUUGUCAUAAAAAGCUUUUUUGAGGACAAUUAGCUGUCUGUCGUAAUAUUGCAUGUUUUACUCAUAAGUGAGCGGAUUUACUUAGUGUUUAAGUCUAGUUAGUCUUCCACUAAAUGUUUUCAGCUAAGAAAAUCAUGGCUAUGCAGGUUACUUGCAUUUCCACUAAGCAGGAGUGGGGAGGACUGGGGAAGUGCAUAAUAUUUUCUCUUUUUUUUUUUUCUUCCAGAUAGUGUGUGAAAAAGCAAAGAGAAUGCUUGAAAGUUGCAGCUAAUGGCAGUUAAUCAAAUACUGUCCAAUAUUUAUGGAAUAUUAAUGUUAUGAAGGAAACAGUCUGGUUACUUUUUCCUUCUUUUCAAGUUCCUUGGCUCUUGCAUUGAUUUUCUUUUUUCCUUUUUUCCUGCUCCUCCUGUUCCUGUUAUGCCAGAGGAGGGCUGCAAACACUCUGGCACAGAUUGUCCCAAAUUUUCUUUAUUUUUUGGGUUUUGUUUCCCCCUCCUCUUUCCCAGGAAAACUUGGAAAAGUUACUAUAAAAGUGUAGUAUAAAAAAAGUUUACUAUAAAAGCGAGUUUCCUAGUUGUUUGAAGGGAAACUGGCAUCCAAAUCUGUGCAUCUUCCUGCAGGAAUAGUCUCAUUGCUUCAAAGGGGAGAAAAGCAGCAGGAUGGGAUUGCUGUUGUGUUCUGUGCACGAUCCCUCCUUUGUUUGUGCAGGGAGUGCCCUGCUGUGCAGUAAUCACGUUUUAUUUACCCAAAUUUGAGUCAAGGAAUGUCAAUGCAAGUAAUUAGAUUUAAAACCCAUGUAAAUGAUCUCAAUUUUUAAACCAUACAAGAGACAACUCUACUUUUUUUUGUACGUUCAACAGGAACUGCCAGUAAUGUUCUGCUAAACAACAACAAAAUUAAACCCAUUUUUUGCCAAAACCUGAAAUUCUUGUUGUUCUAGAAAAAGCUGACUUCACUGCAGAUUUAGGGUCCCUACCAAAGAUAGCAAGUUGUACCUACUAGUGCACGUGUUUCAAUGUACGUACUGUCUGUUUCCACCUUCUGAUCAAAGGGGAAUGGGGGAACUGCUGUAGCAGCUAAGAAAGAAUGCAAAGAAUUCUUAUAAACUGUAAAUUUGGACCAAUGGAAUACAGAAGACCUGUAUAAAAUGGUAAAAAUAUAUAAGGUAUCUAGGAAGAAGGCAUCAUGUUGAACCAAUUCUUGGAUGGUUGGGACAAUCCUUAAUGAAUGUCAUAUGUGUGUCAUGAUUAUUUUAUUAUUUUUUUUUCCCUUUCCAUGGUCUCAGUUCUGUGUUGUAUUUGCAUUACUAGGGUUGGGUUUUAUAUGCAGUUUAUUUUAUCCAAUUUUGCAUAGAGCACCUCAUAGGGAAUAUGAUUUUUUUGUAAAUUAAAUAUCCAAUAAACUUUUUGAACCAUUUGCAUGGAA